AUGACAACAGCGCUACGCACAACGUUCAACCGGUGUGGUUUGAACGAAGAGGACAUUUUGACUGAUCCGAUGUUGCCUGGGAGUAACCCACGAGACAACGAAUACAACGAUUUAAUAGUGAAAAAAGAUGAUAUCAUCGGGUCUUUAACUUCGUUAGAAGGUCCUGAUUGUUCGAUGAACCCAAGUGUAUUGUCGCAAUAUAAAGUCGUUUCGUUAUUAGGGGAAGGGACGUUUGGACAAGUUUUCCAUUGUAUCGAUCUCAACACAAACACCAACGUCGCAGUGAAAAUACUAAAAAACCACACCGCCUAUUUUCGACAAGGAUUGAUCGAAGUUUCUGUUUUGAUGAUUUUAAACGCAUAUUACGAACAAGAGAGACCCGUAGUGAUACUUAAGAUGUAUGACCACUUCAUGUAUUAUAACCACAUAUGUAUAGUGACGGAGUUGUUAGGGACUGAUUUGUACCACUUAAUGAAGGAGAACAAGAACAAAGGGUUUUCGAUACGGACGAUCCGUAAAUUUCUCUUUCAUUUACUUCACGCGCUGCAAACGCUUAGUCAGGCGAAUGUCGUCCACUGUGAUGUGAAGCCCGAGAACGUGUUAUUACAAGGGAUGUCUUCGAACAUCAAGUUGAUAGACUUUGGCAGCGCAUGCUUUGAGAAUUUCACGAUGAACACGUAUAUUCAAUCGCGCCAUUAUAGAGCGCCCGAGAUUGUUUUGGGGUUACCGUAUUCAUGUGCGAUAGAUAUGUGGAGUGUCGGGUGUAUAGCUGCGGAGUUUUUCUUAGGAAUUCCUUUGUUUGCGGGGACAAGUGAAUACAACUUAUUAUUUAAAAUGAUUGACAUGUUGGGGAUGCCUCCAGUGUCGAUGUUAGACAAGGGGACUCGGACUAAAGAAUUUUUUAAGAAGGAGAAUGGGGUUUAUCAAUUGAAGGAACAGUUUGAGUAUGAAGCGGAGAAUAAUGUGCGUCUUCAAACGAAUCGUCACUACUUCUCGUAUCAUUUACUUGAAGACUUAAUUGAGAAAAAUCCGAUGAAAGUGUCCACACGUGAGGUCGACGAGGUCCAAGAAAUCCGCGCAUCACUCUACGACUUCAUGGUGAGAUGUUUGGCGUAUGACCCUAAAGAGCGAUUGACUCCCGAUCAAGCCUUAAGUCAUCCGUUCAUCAUUGGUAUACCAAUAGAAGGGUAUGUCCCUUCUAUACGCCGGUUUGAAUAUAAAGAAUAUGGGAAGGUCAUGACUUUAGAAGGCGAUGAGUAUGUCAAACACGCGUUCGAAGGGGUGAGAGUCGAUGUGACGGAGAGUCAAAUGUAUUACAAAUUGUUCAUGCACGCACUCAACAACGGCCACGUCAUCAACGUGUUAACAGAGAGUCCAUUUGUGGGAAGUAUUACACCACACGGUCUCUCUGACGUCUUUGGCCAAAAGCCAUUGGUCGUACCAGUCGUUUUACAGAAAGGAAUGGUUCCUCGUACUUUUGUUCCUGUAGUCGAAGAGUUUGCGAAGGAAGUUGAUAACAUCGAAAGUGUAGAAGAAAAUGUACCGGCAUCGCCAUCACCAUCUCUGUCCGAAAAGAAGAAGAAAAUGGGAUUUUUUAAGGAAAUAUGGCGUAGAAUUACACCAGGACAUUCCCCAGCACUCAGCCCAAAAAUGUCACCAAAAGUCUCCCCAAAAGCUUCACCGAAAGCAUCACCAAAGGUGUCACCGAAGUCUUCACCAAAGAACUCUCCGAGAAUCAACCCAAAGAAAUCACUUACGUCAAGCACAGACGCUCUCUAUGAUAUGGAUAGAUCGAACCCCUCCUCGAGAUCAAACAGUUCACUGGGAAACGAGUCUCCGAUGUCUGUUGGUGCCAAUGAAAGUGACAGCGAGAAGAAAGAAAUCAAACAGAAAAAGCGGUUCAGUGACCGAUUCAUUCGAGACCCAACAAAAAAGAAAGAGAAGGAAGAACAAAAACAGAAAGAAAAAGAGGAGAAGAAAGAAAAAAAGGAGAAAAAGAAAGAGGAGAAAGACAAAAAGAAAUGA